UGUUUUUGACAGGAAAAUAAGCGCGCCGAAAUGCAGAGGUAAAUAAAAAAGCGGUUCCUGUUGUUUAUAUUAGCCAGUUGAUAUUUCUUAGUUACUAAUAUCAAAGCCUAUCAAAUAUCGUCUUGAAACUGAAAAAGAUGGGUCUAUUCGACCAGUGUCGGGAGCUGUUCAAAACCGCCUGCUUGUACGAAGUUCUAGGAAUCACAAAGAAGGCGACUGAUGCAGAGAUCCGCCGUAGUUACUACAAGGUGUCAUUACAAGUCCACCCUGACCGCGCGCCGGAAGACCCAGGGGCGACAGAGAAAUUCCAGGUGCUUGGAAAGCUGUAUGCUGUGUUGAGUGACAAGGAGCAGAGGCGGCUGUAUGACGAGCAGGGAGCGGUGGACGAAGGCGAUGAUUUGUUGACUCAUGAACGCUGCUGGGAAGAGUACUGGAGACUGCUGUUCCCUAAGAUCACAGUUCAAGACAUCCAGGACUUUGAGAGGACGUACAAAGGCUCAGAGGAGGAGAGGGAGGAUGUGAUGCAGCUGUACAAGCAGCAUCAGGGGCAGAUGGUUGGCAUCUUGGCAUCGGCGCUGUGCUGCUCCCAGGAAGAUGAGUCCAGGUUCGCUGACAUCAUCCACGCCGCCAUCCAGGCGGGCGAGGCCCCCUCCCACCCCGCCUUCACCCAGGAGGACGACAGGAGGAAGCAGGCACGCAAGCAGAAGGCUGAUGAAGAGAGAAAAGAGGCAGAAGAGAUGCAGAGAGAGAUGGGACUGAGAGCAGAGGGUGACAGUCUGGUCAUGAUGCUACAGCAAAGGCAGAAAUUGCGAGAGCAGAGCUUCCUGUCUGACCUGGAGGCCAAAUAUUCCAAGAAAGGAGCGAAGAAGUGAAGACAGCCAUCUAAACACCUUAAACACUGAUAACUGUUCACUGAAAACAGACACGUUUUGAUUAAAGUUUGUCAGUGUCAAUUGACAAAUAUUUAUUACAAUAUGGUUUUGGUACACAUUUUGAGUUAUUUUUGUAGCGAGGGAUGGAUGUUUGGCUUGAAAGGUAUAUGUAUGGGGGUUGUAAUUGAGACACGGGGAUAAAGCCAAUUCCAGUGCCACUUUCUUCAGUUGGCUUAACUAUUUCUUUGAUCCUCAAGCUUGACCAGUACAACAAAACCAUUUAAUGAAAGGCCCCAAAAACGACAACAAAAGUGCAUUGGUAACUGUAGUGAUUCUCAUAAUCAAACAUUUGAUAUUGCACAAGGCUGCAUCAACACACCUAUCUGAAGCAGGGACCAGUUGGUUCCAGACUGCAGGAGGCCAGCUGUCUGACGUGAGGGGAAACUCCAGGAGACGGACUGUUUCUGAGGGACUGGAACUGGUGCGCUCAGCCCUGCUUAGGGCGCUUGUUCAGCCCUUUUUAAAGAUCGGUCGGACAGUGAACGAAUCAUUCGAUGGCUGCUUUCCUGCAGCAAGCCUCCACAUGACUGGGUUUCCGUCCGAGCGUAGGGUGUUUGUGAACGGAGGGGUGUACAUGCUAAACCGGGUGCUGAGGAGAUUUUUCGAGGAAGAUGAAGACACUGUUAAUACAAUCCCUGUAUUCCUGCUGGUGUCUGAUGGGGCUUAGACUAAGCCCUGAUGAAAUUGAAGGCUCCGAAUGGAUACAAAAUAAAUCAUCAAAUCUACGCAGGUAUCCUCUACAUGUCAUGCCUAUCUCCGGUGUUGUCGCUUACAGUCCUUAACUCAGUAUAAAUAAA